UUAUCAAAUUCCGAAGGAAGGAAAGAAAAUCCUCUCUCCUCUUUAACUUGAAACCCUAACCCUAAUCUAACCCUAGAAAUCAUCAGAAAUGGCGGGAAGAGGGAAGGCGAUCGGAUCAGCGGCGGCGAAGAAGGCGACGUCGAGGAGCAGCAAGGCCGGGCUCCAGUUCCCCGUUGGUAGGAUUGCGCGAUUCUUGAAGGCGGGAAAGUAUGCUGAGAGGGUUGGCGCCGGAGCUCCGGUGUAUCUAGCCGCAGUUCUCGAGUAUCUUGCCGCUGAGGUCCUGGAGCUCGCUGGAAACGCAGCACGAGACAACAAGAAGACGAGGAUCGUGCCACGUCACAUCCAGCUGGCGGUGAGAAACGACGAGGAGCUCUCCAAGCUCCUGGGAACUGUAACCAUCGCCAAUGGCGGAGUGAUGCCCAACAUCCACAACCUUUUGCUCCCCAAGAAGACUGGGACUUCCAAGAAUGCCCCUGCUGACGAUGAGUAGAUGGGGAUUUUGCAAGAACUUGUAUUGUCUAUUGAUUGUAGUAUAGUUUUUUGUUCGUUCUAGAAUGAAUGAAACACUUUUAUCUUCUCUCUUGUGAAGAAAUGCUCCUUGUUUGUGAAUCUUACCUAUUAGUUACUUCAAAUUGGGUUAAAAGCUGAGCAUUUUGAGAAGAGAGAUUAUUUUUGUAUAAGAAGGUAAUUUAGUUGAUUCCUUUGUUUGA